ACUUUAUUAUCUUUUUCCACUUUUUUCCAAUAUCUAUAUUUCCUAUUUUAGACAAUUUCACAAAAUCACAAUCACUGCAUUUUUACACUUUACUUUGUCAUUUCCUCUCUUCCUUCGAUUUCAACCCAGAAAAACCCAUUUUCUGACCCAUUUUUUCUCAAAUUUUGAUGAUGAUGGAACCCAUAAACAAGCUAUCAACGGGUGGAUCUAACCCAAAUGUUGUCACAAUCAAAGAGGAGGAGGACGAAGAAGAAGAAGAAGUUAUGGUGGUGCCAAAACCAUUACAGAGUUUACAAGAAAAUGGACCUCCUCCAUUUCUGAAUAAGACGUUUGAAAUGGUUGAAGACCCUAGAACUGAUCCAAUCGUUUCAUGGAGUACUACUUUUGAUAGUUUCAUUGUUUGGGAUCCUUAUAAACUCUCCAUUGAUUUGCUUCCCAAGUAUUUUAAACAUUCUAAUUUUUCUAGCUUCGUCCGUCAACUUAAUACUUAUGGUUUCAGAAAAGUCCAUCUUGAUCGAUGGGAGUUUGCGAAUUCUGGGUUUCAAAAGGGGAAGAAGCAUUUGUUAAAGACAGUUAAGAGAAGAAACCAUACUUCAAACAACAUCAAUUCUAUACCAUUACUCCAAAAAGAGGCUGAAUUACUAAAUCUAAAGAAAGAACAGGAAGCACUGAAAGUUGAAAUCCUUGAUCUGAAGCAACAACAACAGGAUUCGGACACAACUUUAGCUGCAAUGGGCGAACGUAUAAAAUCUGCUGAAUGGAAGCAAAAGCAGAUCAUUUUACUCAUUGCAAAGGCAAUGAAAAGAACUGCCUCAUUCCAGCAGCUGCUCCAAAGCUACAAGCAGAAAAAAGAUCUGAGUAUUGAACACUUAUGUAAGAAACGUCGAUUGACUGCAAAUGACAGUACUAAUACAAUGAUGAACACAUUUCCGGAAAAGGGUAUUGCUCCGAAUUCUGUUCCGUGCCAUAAGGAGAACGUGCGCCUUUCUGAGUCGGAGCACAUGUUUCUGGGCUCUCCCAGCACUGAUCUAUGCUCACAGUUGGUGCCAGACGGGGAAUCCAACUUUACAUUGGAGACUAGUUCUGAUUUGUGUUCCGGAAACUACAUAAUUUGGGAAAAGUUGAUGGAAGAUGAUGUGAUAUGCGAGGACAAGCGUAAAGAGGAUGCAGCAAUGGGUGUUGAUCCAAGCAUAUAUGUUCAUGAAUUGGAGGAUUUGAUUGCAAAGCCGACUAGCUUGAUCGGAUUCACAAAUGUGGGCGAAAUAGCUUGUCCAAUAGGGCAGUAGGACAUUGUUUCUGAUCUGGGUUCUUUGAGGAGGUAACAUUGAUGACAGUUGAAUGAUUGUUAUCCAUAUUAUUGGUGGAUGGUGAUUGUAAAUUGUUGUAGAUUUGUAGUCUUAAUCAAAAAACAAAAAACUGUUUGAUGAUGGUUCUUCAUUGGAUUGCAACAUAUCUUGAACUAUCAUAAUAUUGAUAGUACCAUUAAUUCGUCUUUUGGUUACACAACUACAUUGAAUGGGUAUAUCAAAAUAUUGAUAGAUUGAGAAUCAGAUCUUGUAUCAAUUGGAGCAAAUAUGGCCUUUCUCAUGUAAGGUUUUAGAGUCAAUUAUUACCUAGCCAUUUCCUUCCCUCGACCUACCAUGUAAUCAAAUCUUGUCUCAAUUGAAUAUGGAUGUUGGAGAUUAGUUGCUGAGGUGGAUGUGAAUAUCAAGGUAAAGGAACGUGAUAGCAAAGUGAAACAAAUGAAUAAACUGUCUCUGAAGAUGAGGAAAAACCAAGCAAAAAGCACAUAUCAUUUCAUUGCUGGAGUUGGUGAAGGUGGAGAGUGGAGACAUCAUUUUAUUGCUUUCUUUAAUUGGAUACAUUCUAUUUGAAGAUACUUUCAAAAAUCGAAUCAUAAAUCCCAAUUUUACUAACUGCCAGCGAUUUCGUUCUUAAUUUUGUAACACAUUUGUUUUACCCUUUUCAAAUGAUCAACGGUUAGUAAUUGAUAAUUGCAAUUAUUUGCACUUAUUUAUAUCAUUUUAUACUCCUUAAUGACGGUCGUUGUUAGUAAUUUCGUGCUUAUUUGAAGAUUUAUGCUACAUUACUCAUUUUUGUUAUUCAUGUUGAUUUUGAGUGGUUUUGAUUGUUUUAAGCAUAAUUCUCAUGGUUUUAAUGAUGGCGGAGUUCACUAAGGAGAUUUUAGCUCGAGUGAAGAUUUUCUACAAAGAAAAUGAGCAAAAGAGUAUUAUUAAUCCAAAAGUUUUGAGAUAAAAUUUGAUACAUGUCUACUUUUUUUGUCAUAACUUUUGAUAGGAAGAUUGCAUUAAUGCAAGGUUUGUGGCAUUGGAAAGUAGACUUUAAGAGCUUCCAACGGUAUAUUAUAUGCCCAAUUCCAAUAAUCGAGCAAGAAAUGAAGAUCGUUUGAAGUUUACUGAAAUUGUCAGCCAAAAACGCCGACUUGGCUGUGUGGUCGUGGAAGAGGCCGCCAACUAGGCUUUUUCUUCUGGAAUUCGUGCAACCUAUUUUUCAAUACUUUAACUUUGUAUUAUUAUCUUUUAUCUUUAUUUUUAAUUAACUUCUAAGGGUUAAUCUAGAUUUUAAGAAGGAGAAUUAGGUUAAGUCUUUUGUGUAAGGGGGCUCCUUCCUCCUCUCCUCUCUCUCCUUCUUCCUCUAGACUUUAUUUACUCCUUUUCGUUACUUUUACUCUUAAUUUCAUCCUUUAAUUUAGUUUUUCAUUAAGUCUAUCA